UAGGCGCGCCCGCCCAGCAGGCCAUGGAGGGAUGGAGGCCCGUGAAGAGAUGCCUAAGGUUUCCAACACUGUUGACAACCACGGCGGGCGGGUCCAUUCCCUGUACACAGACCCUGUACUUCAGAGGAAUCCCUAUGCCAGCCCGGAAGUCACGCACCCCCAAGGGUCCGAGUAUUCUGCGGCCCGUAACUUGCGGGAGCAUGGCCAGACCACGGAUCUGCCCAGGGAUAGGGCCAAGGAGGGCACUGGGCGCCGACUGCUGAACAUGCUGAGAAAAACUCUUAUAGGGUCAGAAAGUAAAGGACUGGAAAUAACACCUGGGGGACCAACUUUGGUGCCAUUUGGGGAUGUGGUUGGCUGCCUGGCUAUUCAUGUAAAGAACUGCAGAUAUUUUACGCCUAAGAUCAAUUUACAGCAUUACAGUAAUUUGUUCAUUCGCAUCUCUAUAAACAACGUUGUGAAAUGUACAAAAACGUGUAGUUUGCUACAUCAAAACAAUGGCAACAGCGCUAUGAUUAAGUUUAAUGAUGUGAAGUAUUUUUCUGUGCAGGUUCCCAGACAUCAAGAUGAUAAGCGGAAUAAUAUUUUCUUGGAACUAAUGCAAAAUGACACUACAGGAAAAUAUCCUCUCCUGUUAGGGAGGGCUCAGGUACACCUUUAUAAAAUAAUUAAGAAAGGAUGCUUUACUGAAGAAUUUCAUAUAUUGAAUAAAAACGCAUUUAUUUGCAGGGUGGAGGCAGAAUUUAUGUUCUCCUAUGGAAACUUUGGUUAUGGUUAUUCACAUCAGCUAAAAUCUCUUGAGAAAAUUAUCAAGCCAUCCAUGUUUAUGAAUGUUGCACCACCUCCAGAAAGAACAGAUCCUGUGACAAAUGUUAUUAUACCACAGCCAAUAGAAUAUCCAGCAUUCUUAUCCCCAGACCUGAAUGUUAGUGUUGGGAUGCCAGCUACAAUGUCUCAAUCCAAACAGCCAUUUGCAGUGCGACUUGAAAACCUUUAUCAACAACCUCGGGAAAGACUGGAAAAAAUGAAAAAAGAAUACAGAAAUCUGAAUACAUGGAUGGAAAAAUCUAACUAUUUAAAAGGAGUUCUUAACUCACAAUUGGAACAUAAGGAACCUAAGGGAAGUAAUACCAGUAAGGUACCUGAAAGCCAAUUUGAAGAGAAGCCUGAAGAUACUGUAAUAUCAGUUGUUCCUCUUAUAAAGGAGGAAGCUGAAGUGAUUCCAAGUGAGUUACUGGACAGUGAUGAUGAGAAGGGCCUGACUCUACGAGAUAAAGAUAAUUCAAGAGCUAUUGCUCCUAAAAAUGAUGAAUCAACAAAGCAAGCAGAUACUCCAUUGUCCAUUCUUCCCAGCCUGACAAUAAUAGAAGAGAACAAAAUAUCACCUUUAGAGGACUACCAAUCAGAAGCCAUGCGAUAUGGAAAAAUGAAAAACAUAUUCUUUCCACCAGAAGUAGAAAUGAAAAACAGAUAUUCAAGCAUUUUAAAAACAGACUCAUCUCCAUCUGAGGUGGUUUUUUCACAAAAAGAAUAUAUUUCACCAUCUUUCAGACCAGAAUAUAUAGAAUUCAAACCAAAAUGUCAGUUCCAGAAAUUCAGCAUGAAGGAUGGUUUUGAUCCUUUUCUAAGGAAUAUAAACAACAGAAAGUCAGUCAGAAAAAUGAAAGACAAAAAUAUGUCCAGAUGUAGAAACAUUUUAAGUGCAGAGGUUAUCGAGCUUGAAGACCAAGAUCCUCCUUACCCAACACAUUCAAAAACAGGAAGACCUACUAAUAAAAUCUGUCCCCAUGAUCCUGAUAACAUCACAGUAAUGACUUCAGACCCUAUGGAUAAGUUAGCCAGUGAUCCUGGUGUCACCACAAUAACGGCUUUAGAUACUAAGAAUAAAUUAAAGGAAAGACUACCAAAUAUAUCUUUAUCAAACUUUGAAAGAGCAUCAUCAAUGCGUGGAAAUGCUAAUGUAAAUACAUGUCACCUCUCAAAAUCAUUAAAUCUUACUUUUCAUAUAGAAAAUCUAAAGCAGUCAAUGGUGCUCAAGUCAAUUUUAGCUAAAAAUCUUCAAGACUUUUCAGAUAAAUUAUUUUCAAAACCAGAAGUUACUCUGGACACUGAAGCAAGAAAGAAAAGUCAUCGUUCUCCACUUCUAAGUGUUCAUGAUGAACCACCAAAUAGUUUGGAAGACAAAGUGUUUGAAAAUAUUCAAGAUUUAAAUAGCUGUCUUUCAACAAAAAGUAUUUUAAGUUUAAAGUCUCUUUUAUUGCAAAUAAUUAAAAAUAUUCCUGCAGAUUCACUUUCAGAAGGUGGACCGGGAAAUUCUCCAGAGGUAGAAUGAGAACUUAUCUCUGAAAAACACUUAGAAACUGGUGAGACAUAUUUUCCAAAUAAAAAAAUAAGUAGUUUCAAAAAGAAACAUUUAAAAAGAUCUCGUACCAAACCAGAUAUAAAUGGCACUGCAGAUGAUUAUGUUAUAAAGCAAAUAUUCAGUGCACCUAUCUUCACAAAGUUGCAGGUAGAAGAGAAAGAAUCCAGUGAGAUGCUGAUGAAAUUGCAGAAUCAGUUACCCACAGCUUGGGAGAGUUUAUCUUCAAACAUUCUAAUUGACUGUGAAGAAAAAGAUAAUGAAAUAGAAUUGCCACAGGCAAAAUCUGUUAUAAGCCAAAUAAUACAAGCAUUUCCUGUGGAUACUCUUUUAGAAUCUUUGAUAAUCAAAGUGAUAGAGUUAGUUAAAGAAUACCAGAAUUCUUUGCCGAAUAUGGAGACAGUCUUUGCUGAGGAAAAGCCAAAGUAUUCCCCAGAGGAUUAUUCAGAAAUCAAAGGCAAAACAGAACCUCUUUCAGAAUGAAACAUAUCCAUCAUUCCCAAAGAAACCACUUCCUUUUAAUAGAGUUGAAUUUAUAGGUGAAGGCCAAAAUAUAUCCCCACAAGUUUCAAAAUAUCAGUCAACACCAUAUAAAAAAACAGAUUUGCCAAAUAGUGGUCAGAGGUUUGAUAGAGAAGAAAAUGAUCUAAGUUCUACUUAAGAAAAUUUAGGUAAGUUGUUAAUGGGUUAUGAGUCAGAUGUAAUAUUAAAAUCGUUUUUAAAUAAUAUAUUUAAUGUUUUUUUCAAAUACAAUCAGUCUGAAAGAAGCCAACCAGCAAAAGAAUUAGAAAGACUAAUCCAACAACCUUUUCCAAACAGUACAGAAGACUUUGAAGAAAUCAUACAGAAUUUUGAUAAAGUAGAUAAA